AAUCAAUCGUAUCAAGAUCGCAUCGCAUCACAUCACUACUUUAGGUGUCAAAUGUCAGUCAAUAUAUCCAAAAUGGCUUUGAUUUGUUUUUAUUUUGCAUUGUGAUAUUUAAAGCAAGCUCCAGAAGCAAUGGAGACUAAUGUGGAAUCUUACAAAUUACUGUGUACCACCUGUCUGUGCUUCGGUCGCACUCUGCAGCCACUGAGAGAAGAAAAACUCAACCAAUGUUACUUGGAUAUCAUCAAGGAAAUACCACUCUACAACACACCAAUACAAAGUCCAAGUGUCUGCUUAGAGUGCUCCGCUUCACUCCGGAAGGUGGUGUCUUUCAGGGAGCAAGUGCAGGACUCCUAUAGGAUCCUGCAAGCUUAUACCAAUGAGACCCUCACCGAGUUCCUUCUGACUGAUGUGUCCCGCCCGCCAAAGCUCAGAGUCCAAUGUUUGGAGACCGUAGACAUACAGCCAACUGAUGUCAACUCUGAGACAGGUGGAGACAAACAUGUGCUCAAAAAUGAGCUCAAGAAUGAGUUUUGUGAUAUCAAAGUUCAAAUAGACAGAUCAUUCAAAGAGCGGAGUGACUCAGUGAGGGAUGAAGAGUCGGCUGACAACAACCACUUUGUGUGUGUGAAAGAUGAGCUCAAGGAUGAAAAUAGAGAAGAUGAGACAGAGUUAAGAGAUUCACUCUCAGACUGCCCUCUAUCGGAUCACGAGAAUGCAUCGCAAUUGGACGAGCAACUCCAUUGUCGGAUGGAGAAGGAGUUGCAGUCAUUCAUGACGGAGAUGAAGAAGGAGAAAGUUAAAGUCAAGAGGAAAAAGAAGAAACGGAAGAAUGAAAAUGACAAAACAUCAACAGAAACAAAACAAGACACAUCCAAAAUAUUAACAAUAGAGUUGUCUUACGAGGAAAUGUUAGCAGAGAGAGAGAAAGACUCUAAUAAGGAGAGCUAUACUAAUGCUGAGUUUAAGUGUGAGAGUUGUCUCAUCGGGUUCAAUUAUAAGACUAGUUACAGUUCGCAUAUGGCUGCCAAGCAUUCGCCGUCAACAGGUAGCUACAGCUGUUUAAUCUGCAAGACACUAUUCUCCACGAUAGAAUCCCUCCAAGUCCACCACAAGCGCCACCUGCGGCGGUACCAAUGCGGCCUGUGCGGCAAACGAACCAUGGAUAUGAAGGUUAUGGAGCAACACUACUACUCCACGCAUGAUAUAUCGCUGAAACAAUACGAGUGUCCAGUUUGCCCUCACGUUUCCAACUCCAUAGACCUGCACCGCUACCACAAGGACACGCACAAGGCGCGGCUGCAGUGUCCCAGCUGCGACAAGUCCUUCAUCCACAGGGCGGGGCUCCUCAACCACCGGCUGGCCGUGCACGAGCUGCGCAACUCCUUCCCGUGCGCGCUCUGCGACAAGGUGUUCCGCUGGAGGACCAGCCUCAAGCGCCAUGCGGAGAAGCACGAUGCUCACACUCAGGAGCGGGCUACGUCUAGUAUUCGCUGCGAGGCGUGUAAAAUCAGUUUCGCGUCCGAGUGUUCGUACAGACGACACAUGAAGAACAGCCUCAAACACGUGUCUCAGGACCAGCUCAGAUAUGUGUGCGACGAUUGUAACAAACGCUUCGCGGAUAAAACCAAGCUGAGGGACCAUAUUGAGGAGAAACAUUUGCAUAAGACGUACCAGUGCCACAUCUGUCUCAAGCCGUCAAAAAACCGCGUAGGUCUGGACCAGCACAUUCGUAACGUACACAAGGGCAGGCCCAACAAUAAGAUGUGCCACCAUUGCGGGAAAGGGUUUCCGACCAAAGUCCAACUGGAGUCCCACAUCAGGACACACACGGGCGAGCGCCCGUUCAUAUGCGAAUUCUGUCCCACAAUGUUCUCACAGCAGUCCAACUUGUACAAGCACAACCGACAGGUCCACCUAAACAUGAAAUCGAAGCGCUACCCAGCCGGCAAGAAGCGCAGAGAGGACCCGAGCCCAGCCUAUCAGCUGCUGAAGAAGAGGGACGGUGUCCCCACAAUGGAAGUGCCUGCAAUGACUGUGUUCACCCACUACGACAGAUAUUGUCCUGUUUAACGUUGUUUUCAAGGUUCCGUACACAAAACGUUUAUUACAAAAGUGUGAAAAGUGUCUACAGAGAUGUUGCAUUCAACGCGUGACAAAAAAAUAUCAUGUAACCGUGCUGUGAACCGUCGAGGAGUUCCCUCGUCGGGAGCCGUUCUUGGGUGCCAUGAGGAUCAUACUCGGAUCUAUGAUGUGUGAGGCGUAUGGUACUCAUCCUAGAGUAGGGCGAUACCAUGCCGUCUCGUCGAUGUUGUACGAGGCGACGGCGACUAAGGAACAUAGCCGUGACAGUUGAUGAACAAUAAUAACAUUUCCAAAGAGAGUUGUCGCCAGGCAGGCGGCCGGUCGUAAAAUCACAGUCGAAUCUUCAGAAUUGUAAGGAUAUUUUUUACGCUGACUCAGGGUUGGUCAGCCCCGAAUUACUGGUUACAGUGGCUCUCUUUCAUCUUCAUAUUUUGAAGAUGAAAGAGAGCCACUGUUUACCCCGUAACGUGUGUGAAGACGUGAAUGUACUCAUGAGUGUAACACGUGUAGUAAAUGUAUUUAAAAAAUAUAAUCGUAGCGACUGAUUUUUAUUGUGCAAUAAAUUAUGAAAUAUUCUAAAUAA